AUGGACCUGCCAAGCCUGAAGGGCAAGGUGGAAGGCUGCAAUGGAGUCACGUUAAAUAUGGGCGUUGUUUCCGGUUUCUCGCCCCACUUGCAGGCGGCCAUCAAGCGAGUGUCCCGCGAUCGCAUCCCGGAGUGGGCGCGGCUGCACAGCGGCGCCCUUGUGCCCCUGGAGCUGGCGCUGCUCUGGAUGGUGUCGCGCCCUGGCUUCCGCGGCGCGGUGCGGCUCCUGGACUGGUUCGAGCUGCCCGACGGCUUCGCGCUGGUCAUGGAGCGUCCGGAGCGCUGUCAGGACCUCUGGUACUUCCUGGAGGAGCGGGCGUUCCUGACGGAGCCCGUGGCGCGGGGGCUGUUCCGCCAGGUGCUGGAGGCCGUGCGGCACUGCACCAGCCGCGGCGUCCUGCACCGCCACAUCAAGGCCGAGAACGUCCUCGUCGACCUGGCCACCGGCGAGGCAAAGCUCAUCGACUUCGUGUGCGGCACGGUCCUCCAGGACACCUUCUACACCCGAAAGUCAGGCACGCCGGAGUACAGCCCGCUGGAGUGGAUCCUCUUUGGCUGCUACCAUGGCCAGCCAGCCACCAUCUGGUCCCUGGGCAUCCUGCUCUAUGAGCUGGUCUGUGGGCACCUUCCUUUCAACACGGAUGAGGACAUCAUCCGGGGCCAGCUCUUCUUCCCGCCCCGGGUGUCUCAAGAGUGCCAGCACCUCAUCCGGUGGUGUUUAUCCAUGGACCCCGUGCACAGGCCGUCCUUGGAAGACCUGUUUGAGCAUUCUUGGCUGCAGGACCGUCUCCUGGACCAGGAGACAGCAGAGGUCCAUCCUUCUGCACAGUAGGAUCCAGGAGCCCAGCAAGCACCAGCUGCACGCACCUCAGAGCGCUCGGGGCAGAGCAUUUCCCUGCGGCCGUGGCACGGAGGAGAGAGCGCAGCCAAGGAGAUGCUUCCGCUGGUCCUCGGCAACUUCAGAGGAAGCGGCUCAGUGCUCCCCAUCCUAUUGGAGAAGUCGUGGCAGUGCGGUGAAGUUGCCACAGACUGGAAAAGGGGAAACAUCCCCUGCAGCUCAAUGGCAUCGUGAUGUCCCCGCAAGCCGAGGCACCGCCGGGGUGUUCUUCUGGAGCACGACCUGGAGCCGGACAACACCAUCCUCGAGCUGGCCGCUGGCGGGGCAAAGCCGGUUGGCUUUGGUUGCGGCCCCUUCCUGGAGGACACGCUCUGCGCCCCGACGAAAUCAAGGUGAGUCCACAGCCGGCGGAGGAGUGGGGGGAUGCUCGUGGUUCCAGGCGUGGCAGGGCUCGGCCGGGCCAGGCGCCGGAGCUUCCCUGCUUGGCGGCACUGGGGAAUAUUAAUUUUUCCGCCGGCCGCCAAGUUGCUUUUUGGCAGGACAGGGGACGGAUGCUGUGCAGGGGGAGCCAGCGCCCGGCCUUGCUGACAGCUUCUGCCACCCAGCCUGGCCCGGGCUGGGGCGGGGGGAGCCAGCCUGGCAAAAGCAUCCGUCCGUAGGGAUGGGGGGCAGCAGAGGGGGGCGAGUUCCGAAGGCGUGCCCCAGCUGGUCUGCUUUGCAGGCCCUUGAGGAAGGGGAGGGCUUACGCGUGGGAAAGGUGGGGUUUUUCCCCAGCCGUGGAGAGCCUUAAUGCUUGCAUGGAGUGCUCAGACGCUCCCCAGGCCCGCGAUACGGUGAUAACCUUUGACACUUUUUCUUGCUUCCAGGUCUUGUUUUUAAUUGACUUUCAUGCAAUCGUUCUUUGCUUUUUCCAGGAAGAUUGCACCGGGUGCCCGGACCGCAUGGGGAAGCGCUGGCACCCUCUGUGGAGUGCGUCCGGUGCCGGCGCUACCCUGGGGGGCCGCGGUCUGCGGGGCCAUCGCCUUCAAGACAGACGAGGACCUCGUGCGGGAUCGGCUCCUCUCCUGGCAGCAGGUCUCCAGAGGGUGCCAGCACCUCAGGCACGGAAGCAGCACCGCUUGGCCUGCGAAUCUGGGCGGGCUGGAGGGCAGCGGAU